GGUUGUUUCAAACGGAAAUAUUUUAGCAACUGAUCAAUUACGUAUGCCGAAUGCAGUUACAUCACGUACAUUUUCAAUUGCUGUAUCACGUUACAUGUUUCCAAUAUCACAUAUUGUGGCAUAUUUCAUUAAAGACAAUAGUGAAAUUGUAUCAGAUUCAUUGACAUUUUAUGCAAAUUAUACACAUUUGAAUAAUGUACAAAUGCAAGUUAAUCGUGGAAAAGAUUUAAAUCAAGAUACAUUAGAAAUUAGAGGUUAUGCUAAACCUGGAUCUUAUAUAGCAUUCAGCGUAAUGCAUGCUGAUUUGUACGCUAUUGGCGGUGCUUCAUUUUUAAGAGAAUAUGAUAUUGUCGAUGAAUUAAUGACAUAUGAACAACAUAGUCAAGCACCAUUGGUUCAUACAUGGUAUGAAGAUUUUAAAGAUAUUAAACGUAUCUAUUUACCGACAUCCAGUAAUGGAGCAGAUACCAAUAGUACAAUGAAUUCAUCCGGUUUAAUUAUAUUCACUGAUGCUAAUUUCACUAAAGCGAAUUUUUAUCAUACAUGUAAUGAAACUGAGAACCCUGCACGUGCCUUACCAUGCUACUCUCUUACUGGUCGAGAUUGUUAUUCAAGAAGUGAACGAUGUGAUGGGAUCAAUCAAUGUGCUACUUGGAUUGAUGAAAUGGACUGUCCAGAAAAUGAAACUAAAAAUCCUCAACCAUUACGUUUAAUAAAUACAUUUGAUAUAUUAAAUCGUCAAUGGAAUGAUGGCGCUUGGUUAUGGCAUAGUACAUUUGUCAAAGCUGAUGGACAAAUUCAGUUUCGUGUUGAUCUACCAAAAAUGAAUGCUGACUGGGUAGCUGGUGCAUUUUCAGUUGACAGUGAAUUAGGUUUAGCUUUAAUGCAACAACCUUAUUUAUUUUCUGGUACAAGACGAUUUUAUAUGACAGUUGAACUGCCUGAAGAAGCUGUCUGGGGUGAACAGAUCGGUGUUCGUGCUUGUCUUUUUAAUAAUUGGAACUAUUGGAUUGAGGCUUUAGUAGAAGUAAAACCAAGUCCUGAUUUACGUAUUAUUCAAGUUGGAUUAGAAGGACGUGUAUCAGCGUAUGCACCAGAAGUAUCUAUAAAUAAAGCUGUCCAAUCAUUAGCUUAUUUAGAAGCUGGUACAUCUCGUUAUAUUUAUAUGCCAGUUUCACCGAAACUACCUGGGAAUACUUCAUUUACAAUAUGUGCAUAUAGUUUUAUCGGUUCCAAUUGUGAAACACAUACAAUAUAUGUUCGUAUGAAUGGUGUAACAAAUUACUAUCAUACUGCAAGUUUCUUAGAUUUAACAAGUUCCAGUACAUUAUUUGUAAAUAAUUUCAAAAUUAUUGUUCCACAAAAAUUUACUAUACCAGAAAGACGUCUACAUCGUUUUGUACCUGGAUCACAGAAAGCUAUUCUUAGUGUAGUUGGUGACUUUAUCGGUCCAGCUUUAAGUGAGAAAUUUCAAUAUGCUGAUACACAAAAUAUUUUACGUCUACCUUUCGCAGCAGCAGAGAAUAUUUUCUUUGAAUUAGGCUACAAUAUGAAUUUGCUGCUUUAUUUACACGGUGCUGGACACUUACCAUAUUCAGUAUUGGAAAAUGGAUUAAUUUAUUGUUCUGUUGUAUUACAAAAAGGAUUUUCAUAUUUUAAUCCGAAAAUUGGUGCAUUUUCUAAUUUUAGAGAUCGUUUAGAUGAAACUGACCCACUAGUUACAGCCAUUGCAUUAUGGAGUUUAUUAUUAACAAGACAAACUCAAUGGAAUCGUUUAAUUUACGUAGAUGAUAAUACAUUUGUUAGUAUUAUUAAUUAUUUAAAACAAACACAACAAUUCAGUUCAUAUGAUACUGAUAUAAAUAAUCAAACAAUAGUUGAUAUUCGAUUAUCUGGUAGUUGGAAUAUUUCUAAUGUUAUAGAUAGACGAUUUUCUCCUAUAAUUAAUAAAACUAAAUGGCCUGAUUUAAUUGAUCAAGAAUGUCAUCGUCGAAUACCAUCAACAGCUAUGGUUAUUAUUGCAUUACGUUCAACUGAACGUACUUUACCUAGUGGAGUUGGUGCAGAUAAAGCUGAAAGAAUUGUUUCUGAAGCUGUUAAAUUUCUUAGUCGACAUAUAUUAAAUGUUGAUGAUUUAUUUUCACAAAUGAUUGGUACAUAUGCUUUGAAAGUUGCUGUGGAUGCAACAUCACAACAUAAAAUAUCACAUGCAUUGAAACGAAUUGAAGCAUUUCGUCAAAAAGGUGAUUAUGUCUACUAUGCUAAUUAUAGAAUACCUCCACCAAAAUGGGAAUUAGAUCAAGCUGGUAGACGUAUUGAAAAUCCUCGUUUAGAAAUGCCUAAUGAUGGUUAUGGUGUUUUAUGUUCAAGUAUUUAUUUCUUGUUAAAACAUGAAUUAGGUGAAUGGUCAUUUCGUUCAUCUGAGGCAUUAGAUAUGGUUCAUUGGUUAGCUAGUGAACGAAAUCAUGUCGCUGGAUUUGCAAGUACUUUUGAUUCACUUUUCGCAAUGCAUGCAUUAAGAAAAUUUGCAUUGGCUGAUACAAAUCGUGCUUUAUAUAGAAUGGCUAUAGAUGAGAAAAUUUCUUCGAUGAGUUCAUGGACAAAUCGUAUUUACAUAGAUACUCACAAUUAUUCAACUGUUACGCAUACAACGUUCCCAUCAGAUAAUGUAUGGGGUGAUAUUACAAUGAAAUUAGAAGGUACUGGACGUGUUCUAUUACAAUUAGAUGCAGAAGUCAAUGUAGAAUAUAAAGAAAUGCAAAAAAUGCCUAAAAAUCCAUUAGAUACAGAACAAGUAUUUAGAAGUUUUGAAAUUGAAUGUACACCUGGUUUUUUAAGUCGUAAUAAUUCUAUUAUGAUUAUGACUGCAUGUGGAAGAUGGGUUGGAACUACGGGUAUUGAACCAUUACCUCAAAGUGGGAUGGCUGUAUUUGAAAUUGGACUACCAACAGGUUUCAUAGUUUUAAAUGAUGAUCUAAGACGAUAUGUAAAUAGUCUUAUGGUUCCAAAUCUACGCUAUGCACGUGCCAAUUCUAGAUAUGUACAUUUCUUUUUUGAUACAAUUACACCGGAUAAAACAUGCGUACAAUUUACAGCUGAACGUUAUUAUCCAGUGGCGAAUAUAACACAGCAGCACAGAUGCUCAGCUUAUGAAUAUUAUGAACCAGGUCGAUAUAAUAAUUCAUUAUAUAAUGUUGUUUCAUUAUAUACAAAUAAUAUCUGUAAUGUAUGUGGCAGUUUCGCUUGUCCAUAUUGUCCUGAUUAUAAUUUAUCUAAGAAACGUAUUAAAUUAUCAAUGUCUAUGAUUUGUUUAAUAUUUUUAAUAAGAUGGAUAUUAUUCUAUGUAUUCAAUGUUUACAAUUGAUAAUGACAUGAUUUGAAAUGAUGUAGUGUAAUUCAAUGUUACUUACUUACAUACUUAAGCCUGUUAUUCCCAAUGAAGCAUUGUAAUUUGAUGAUACUUACUUACGCCUGUUACUCCUAAUGGAGUAUUGCGAUUUGAUGUUACUUACUUACUUACGCCUGUUACUCCCAAUGGAGCAUUAUAAUUGGAUGAUAGGAAUAUUUUUAUUUUCAUAUAUAUUCAAAGUAUGAUCUAUUCUAUUCUUCAUGUUAAACAAUUAGACAUUAUAAAUUACAUCCAAGUGGAUAGUUCAAACCAAUUAAAAUAGCAGAAUACAAUAAUAGAGUUAUCAUUGACAAAUGAUGAACAUCAGAAGGGGUUUUGUGGACAAUAUAGUAAUUUCAAUGGUUGAGAUCAUGAGUCACUUGAAGCUGAUGAAUAGAUAAAAUCCCAUACUUGAAUGUAUACAAGUUUUAUUAGGGGUUAAUUGAUCUCUUUUCUUUCUUACACAAAUAGUAUCAAUGUCAAGUUAUUGGAUCAUUAUAGGUUUUUAUUGAAUAAAUGAUUUCCUAAUUUAUAGAAACGAUCUAGUGUUUUACUACUACUCUUUUUUCUUUCAUAAAUCUUUUGUGUAAAGUAUAUAUAUAUGUAUACUUUCUUCGAUCAUCCUUUCACUUCACUUUUCCUUCAUUACUUACACUUACAUAUCAAUAUGAAAUGCCUAUAUUCAAUGAAUACAAUAAAAUCUUAUUUCGUUCAAUGUUAAACAUAAGGUUGAUUUCUUAUAAUCUGUUUGAAAUUCCCUCCAUUUUUUCUUUAAAGAGUAAGGAAAAAAUAAUAACCAAGUAAUGUGAAGAUAUUUUGUUCAUAUGUACAUGUCUGUGUAUGUGUAUAUAUACAUGCACUAAAUUGUAAUAGUUCCAAUUCUUCUCUUGUUUUGUUUUCUUCUUUCAUUCAACUGCAUGUUUUUUAUAUAUUCAGGAUAAGGUAGUUACUGUUUUUGUAUAGAUAAGCAAAUGUAGGGGGAAAAACACUUAUAUUUUUGGUUGUAACUGGGAUUUUCACAAUUGAAUUUAUGAAUGAAUUUAAGUUAGACAACCAUUGAAAACUUGGAAUUACUGGAUUUGAAUUGUUUCUUUCAUAUCUAGAUUGAUUUCCUCAUUCAUUUUGAUAUAUAUUUAGACUUAGUUUUCAUUAAUGAUGUAGAAAGCUAAUAUGACUUGUAAAUGUACUUUAAUGCUUAGUUCUGAUCAUUGAAUUAAUCAUGUUUUACCUAAAGUAUUAUAGCAAGUUAGGGAAGAGUAUAUGGAUUUCAAUACAAAGCUUCUACAAUAUAACGUAUCUAUCACAUAGAAUCUGAG